GGACUCUCUGCGGCGAUGGGAGCCACCUGCCUGCUGCCCCACGUCACUCUGUGCCUCCAGCUACUGAUUCUCUGCUGUCAAACUCAGGGGGAGAAUCACCCGUCUCCUAAUUUUAACCAGUACGUGAGGGACCAGGGCGCCAUGACCGACCAGCUGAGCCGGCGGCAGAUCCGAGAGUACCAGCUCUACAGCCGGACCAGUGGCAAGCACGUGCAGGUCACCGGGCGUCGCAUCUCUGCCACCGCGGAGGACGGCAACAAGUUCGCCAAACUCAUAGUGGAGACGGACACGUUUGGAAGCCGCGUGCGCAUCAAGGGGGCUGAGAGUGAGAAAUACAUCUGUAUGAACAAGAGGGGCAAGCUCAUUGGGAAGCCCAGCGGGAAGAGCAAAGACUGCGUGUUCACGGAGAUUGUGCUGGAGAACAACUACACAGCCUUCCAGAAUGCCCGGCACGAGGGAUGGUUCAUGGCCUUCACGAGGCAGGGUCGGCCCCGCCAGGCUUCUCGCAGCCGCCAGAACCAACGAGAGGCUCACUUCAUCAAGCGCCUCUACCAGGGCCAGCUGCCCUUCCCCAACCACGCGGAGAGGCAGAAGCAGUUCGAGUUCGUGGGCUCAGCCCCCACGCGCCGGACCAAGCGCACUCGGAGGCCACAGCCCCUGACGUAGUCGGGGACACUGGGGGCAGCUGCCCCUCACCAGCCUUCCCAUCCCCUUCCCUUCCUAAUCCCAAGACUGGGCUGGGGUGGAGGGAGGGGAACCAGAGCCCCCAAGGAGGACCGGGAAGACCAACCAGCGUCAGAGCCUCGAG